UCCGGUCAAUCUCGGUGUUCCGGCGCCGCUCUGGCCAUUUCCGGUCAAUCUCAGUGGUUCCGGCGCCGCUCUGGCCCGUCCUGCCCGUCUCGGUGGUUUUCGGGGCCGCUCUGGCCCGCCCCGCCUGUCUCGGUGGUGUCCCGGCGGUGAUGGCGGCUCUGGCGGCCCUCGGGGCUCCCCCGGUCCCCGAAAUCUUCGCCACCAUGGAGGAGGGGCCGAUCCCCGGCAGGUCCAACCCGGGCGAGGCGUGGCUGGAGUCCCACGGGCGCAGCCUCGGACACUUCGUGAACGGGACCUGGCUGAGACCGGAGGGGAGGGAGAGCCUCGAGUGCCACGAGGCCACCACGGGCCGGACGGUGGCCACGGUGCCGGCCGGGGACAGCUCGGACGUGGCCGUGGCCGUGGCAGCGGCGGCAGCAGCGGCUGAAGCCUGGGCGGGGCUGGGGGGGCCCCAGCGGGGGCAGCACCUGGCCAGGCUGGCCGCCACACUCGAGGGUGACCCCGGGGUGGCCCUGGGGGCGCUGCUGGCCCUGGGCGGGGGGCGCCCCCUGUGCCGGACCCUUGGGGCUGAGCUGGAGCUGGGGCUGCGGCCACUGCGGGGGCUGGAGCUGCCCGAGGGGGGGUGGCGCCCCCUGGGGGUGGUGGCCCUGGUCCUGGUGGGUCCCUGCUCGCUGCCGGAGCUGCUCUGGAAACUGGGGCCACUCCUGGCCAUGGGGAACGCGGCCGUGCUCGUGGCCCCCCCGGCGGCGGCGCUGCCGCUGCUGCUGCUGGCGGAGCUGGGCGGGGAGGGGGCGGCGCUGCCCCCGGGGGUCCUGAACGUCCUGGCGGGACCCCCGGGACUGCCCCGGGCCCUGCGCGACCACCCCGGGAUCAGAGCGGUCACCUGGAUGGGGGCGGCGGCGCAGGACGAUCUCCGGUGCCACCUCUGGGGGUCCCCGCUGCGGGGGCCGCGCCUGGGGGGGGGUCCCCGGGGGGGCCGUGUCGUUGUCAUCGUCCUGGACUCGGCCGACCUGGACAGCGCCGCCGCCGCCGCCGCCGCCACGCUGCCCAGGGGGGGCUGCGUGCUCCUGGCCCAGGACUCGGUGGCGGCGCCGCUGGAGCAGCGGCUCCGGGCCCGGCUCGGGCAGCUGCGCCUGGGGGACCCCACGGACCCCAGGACCGAGGUGGGGCCGCUGCCCCCAGAGACCCCCCUGCCCGAGGAGCUGCUGUGGGAGGCGCGCGAGGAGGGGGCGCAGGUUUUCCAGGUUCCUCUGCCGCCACUGCCGGGGAGGGGGCAGCGUUUCUACCCCCCCACGCUGAUCUCGGGGGUGGCCCCGACCUCGCGGUGCCUGCGGGAGCCGGUCCCGGGGCCGGUGCUGGUGCUGCUGCCCGUGCGUGGCCCCUCCGAGGCCGUGGCCGUGGCCUCGGCGCUGCCCCACGCCGCUGCUGCUGCCCUCUGGGCCCAGGACAUCACCGUGGCCUUGGACACGGCGGACAGGCUGCCCCAGGGGCUGGUGUCCCUCAACUCCCUGGACCUGCUGGACCCCAGCACCGGGGGCACCGACCUGGAUGAGGCACUGCGAGAAUUUGGGUGCCCCCCCUGGGAACAGCCCCCCGAGGUGGAGGAGCCGCUCAGCCCCUCGGUGACCCUGGAUGACCCCGGUGAUCCUGAGCUGGCCCAGGCCAUGGCCACCGCCCGCGGGGCCGCCUCAGGGUGGGGGCGGCUGCCGGGGGCGUCGCGGGCCCGGGUGCUGCGGGGGGCGGCGGCGGCGCUGCCGGGGGGUCCCGGGACCCCUGAGGACGGAGACCGCAGCGACACCGGCGGGAGCCUGCGGGGGGCGCUGCUGCGCUGGGCGGAGCGAGCGGAGCGCGCGGGCGGGACCGUGCAGGAGAUGCCCGGGGGGCGGGCCCUGCUGACAAGGCGGCCGCUGGGAGUGCUGGGCGUGGCCUGGGGCUGGCCACGCCUCUUGGCGCUGGAGCUCCUCCUCCCGGCGCUGGCGCUCGGGAACGCGGUCGUGGUGGUGGCGCCCUCUGGCGGCGCCGGUGCCGCACAGCGACUGCGGAAGGCUCUGGUGGCCGCGGGGCUGCCGGCGGGGGCCCUGACGGUGCUGCCCGGGGCUUCCCGGGGCAGCGGAUCUCGCCUGGCGCGGCAGCGCCCGGACGGGCUGUGGCUGUGCGGGGGGGACGCGGACUGCGACUGGGCCUCUGCCGUGAGCGUCCCCCGCGUCUGGGGGGUCCCGGCGGGACUCCUGGGGGCUCCGGGGCAGGAGCUCCCCCCCGGCGCCGAGCGGGAGCUGGAGCUGCGCUGCACCCGCCCCCGCUGCCUUUGGCUGCCAGGAGGCGCCCCCUGAGACCCCCCCCAAAUCUGCGGGGAGUUCGGACCUCGCCCUGUGCCUCCCCAGCCCCGCCCCUCGGGACCCCCGCCCCAAUAAAGCGCUCCGAGCCGCA